GAGAGGGAGGGGAUGGGGCAGGCUGGUAACCGGGCUGUAACGGGGAUAAGCUGCAGCCUCCGUGUCUCAGGUGCUCCGAUGGAGUGAACCGGCCAGCGAUGCGCCUUUACUUCCUUUCUCUGUCCAUCAUGGAGAGGGUUCGUCUCUCAUCUCAGUGAAGCCUGGGCCAGGGGUCAGAGGUCAUCCACCAAACCUGCACUUCUCCCUCUUACCCCUGCACCCCCACCCCACCCUGUCCCUCCACCAGCCCCUGUCACCCCACACUGUUUCCCCAGAACACUGGAACUUAUCUGACCUCCUCUUCCCCACACUUUUCUCUCCCUCACACACUCACACACUCACACACUCACACACUCACAGAGCUCGUCUCCCCCCCAGCACUUGUCUCUUGCCUGCCACCCAAUCAGCUUGAGAGGAACGACCCCCCCUAACCGACGAAGUUACUGUUGGCCAGUUGAUGACGAGUCAGUGGUCCACCAGGCAAGUGUCCUAGACAGCUUCUCAGACAACACCUCUCACACCCAGGCCUCAAGAUGAUGUGCGAGGUGAUGCCCACCAUCUCGGAGGACGGGCGCGGCGGCGGAGGAGGCGGCUCGUCUUCCCCGGCGGGGGGCGGAGGAGGGAUGGGCGGAGGGAUGGGAGGCAUGGGGGGCUACGGCGGCAGGGAUCCCCGCAGUGGUGGUGGUGGUGGUGGUGGCAGCGGCGGUGGCAGCGGCAGCGACGAAGGGGGCAGCACUGGCAACCUGGAGUCGCUGAUGGUGAACAUGCUGACGGAGAGGGAGAGGCUGCUGGAGAGCCUGAGGGAGACCCAGGACAGCCUGGGGACGGCGCACCUACGCCUGAGGGAGCUGGGCCACGAGAAGGAGUCACUCCAGAGGCAGUUGUCCAUCGCCCUGCCACAGGAGUUUGCAGUGCUGACCAAAGAGCUGAACCUCUGCCGGGAGCAGCUGCUGGAGAGAGAGGAGGAGAUAGCAGAGCUGAAAGCGGAGAGGAACAACACACGACUGCUGCUUGAACAUCUGGAGUGCCUGGUGUCCCGUCACGAGCGCAGCCUGAGGAUGACCGUGGUGAAGAGGCAGGCCCAGUCCCCAGCUGGGGUCUCCAGCGAGGUGGAGGUCUUAAAAGCACUCAAGUCUCUGUUUGAGCACCACAAAGCUCUGGAUGAGAAGGUGAGGGAAAGACUACGGGUGGCUUUGGAGCGAGUGGCGUCCCUGGAGGAAGAGCUGCAGUCCUCCUCUCAAGAGGUUCUGUCUUUAAGGGAACAAAUCAAGCGACGGCAGCAAGGACUAGACAACGGCAAAGAGCGGCUUCCCAACGGACCUUCGUCCAUCUUGGAUGACGGGGACAUCGACAGGCAGCGGGAAGGCGAGAUAGAGCGACAGAGGUCAGAGCUGGGACAGCUGAAAGAGAGACUGGCCCUCAUGUGCAGACAGGUCGGGGAGAUCGAGGAGCAGCUGACGUCCGCCAGGAGGGAGCUGGCCCGAUCGGAGGAGGCCAACCAGAAACUACAGAGGGAUGUGAAAGAGGCACUCUGUCAAAGGGAAGACAUGGAAGAGAGAAUCACCACAUUAGAACGCAGGUACCUGAGCGCCCAGAGGGAGGCGACGUCUCUCCACGACAUAAAAGAUAAACUGGAGAACGAGUUGGCCAGCAAAGACUCUCUCUACAGACAGAGCGAGGAGAAGAACCGGCAGCUCCAGGAACGUCUGGAUGAUGCCAAACAGAAGCUGCAGCAAACUCUGCAGAGGGCCGAGACGCUGCCUGAGAUCGAGGCCCAGCUUGCACAGAGAGUGGCAGCACUCAACAAGGCGGAGGAGCGCCAUGGUAACUUUGAGGAGCGACUGCGACAGAUGGAGGCGCAACUGGAGGAGAAGAACCAGGAGCUACAGAGGGCGAGGCAGAGGGAGAGGAUGAACGACGAACACAACAAGCGUCUCUCCGACACGGUGGACAAGCUACUGUCUGAGUCCAACGAGAGGCUGCAGCUGCAUCUGAAGGAGAGGAUGGCUGCUCUUGAAGAAAAGAACGCCCUGUCUGAAGAGCUAUCUAACAUGAAGAAACUCCAGGACGAUCUCUUGGCAAACAAGGACCAGCUGAUAGCGGAGCUGGAGCGGCUUCAGUUGGAGUUAGAUCAGCUGAGAGCGAGGCCCGGGGGCUCUUAUUCCAGUCGCUCUCUGCCAGGUAGUGCUCUGGAGUUGAGGUAUUCCCACGGAAGCGGGUCGCUCCCAGCGGGAUCGACCACUCACCUAGAUCCCUUCGGUAACACCUCCACCGGGGGCGUGGUCAGGCGAAGCCACAGGGCCCGUUGGAGCUCUGCCAGAGAGGACUCUACCAAGAACUACUGUUCUUCUCUCUGUGUGCAGUACCCAGACUGGGAAAGCGGGGGUCUGCUGGGGAGCGGGUUCGAGCCGGGCUUGGAUGUGAGCUGCUCCGACGAGGAAGACAAUGGGGAGCCUCGGUUUGGCUCCGAGCUCCUGUCGCCCAGCGGACAGACGGACGUGCAGACCCUGGCCAUUAUGCUGCAGGAACAGCUGGAGGCCAUCAAUAAGGAGAUCAAACUGAUCCAGGAGGAGAAGGAGAACACAGAGUUGCGGGCCGAAGAGAUCGAGAGCCGGGUCAGCGUUGCUUUGGACAGUCCGCCAAUCCCUCCGACCUCCCUGGGGAGGGACAGCACAGGACGGGGCUUCAUCCCCUCGUCCAUCACAUCCUCCACCCUGGCCUCCCCCUCUCCCCCCAGCUCCGGACACUCCACCCCUCGCCUGCCUCACUCCCCGGCCCGAGAGACCGACAGACAGAACAGCAAAGAUGAUGAUCGGGCCCUCGCUCUUCUGGACUCUACACCUCCCUCCACUCCUCGUGCACUGCGAUUGGACAGGAUGGCCCUCACCCAUCCAGGAGCGAUGCUUGACGACCCUCGGGAGUUUCGCAGUCUCUCAGCAGAUGGCAGCAGCUCCAACAGCAGCCAAGAUUCUCUUCACAAGUCCAGUAAGAAGAAAAGCAUCAAGUCUUCCAUCGGGCGGCUUUUUGGGAAGAAGGAGAAAGGAAGGAUGGGCCAACCUGGGCGGGACGGAUCUGCUUCUCUUGCAUCUACACCCUCUGAAGACCUGGCCUCUGGAGACCCGAUGGGGAUGAACAAGACUGGGACUCUGGGUCCAGCAGAUAAAGACCGCCGCAGCAAGAAGAAGCAUGAGCUACUGGAAGAAGCAUGUCGCCAAGGACUUCCCUUUGCAUCUUGGGACGGACCCACUGUUGUAUCUUGGCUGGAGCUGUGGGUGGGAAUGCCGGCCUGGUACGUCGCAGCCUGUCGCGCCAAUGUCAAGAGUGGCGCCAUCAUGGCCAACCUGUCAGACACAGAGAUCCAGAGAGAGAUUGGCAUCAGUAACCCGCUUCACCGCCUCAAACUGCGACUGGCUAUCCAGGAGAUGGUGUCCCUUACUAGCCCCUCUGCCCCAGCCAGCACUCGCUCUUCGACCAGUAACGUGUGGAUGACCCACGCGGAGAUGGAGUCCCUAAAUGCAGCCACCAAGCCUCCGGAGCUCAAAGAGUUCAGCUGGGAUCAGAUACUGGCCUAUGGCGAUAUGAAUCAUGAGUGGGUGGGCAACGACUGGCUGCCCAGCUUGGGCCUGCCACAGUAUCGCAGCUAUUUCAUGGAGUCCCUGGUGGAUGCCCGCAUGUUGGACCACCUGACCAAGAAGGAGCUGAGAGGACAGCUCAAAAUGGUGGACAGCUUCCACAGGGUCAGUAUGCAUUACGGCAUCAUGUGCCUGAAGCGUCUGAACUACGAUCGCAAGGAGCUGGAGAGGAGGAGAGAGGAGAGUGUCCAUCAGAACAAAGAUGUGAUGGUGUGGUCCAAUGAGCGUGUGAUGUGCUGGGUGCAGACCAUCGGUCUGAAGGAGUACGCUGACAACCUGCGCGAGAGCGGCGUCCACGGGGCUCUGCUGGCUUUAGACGACACCUUUGACUACACUGACCUGGCCCUGCUGCUGCAGAUCCCCAAUCAGAACACACAGGCCAGACAGCUCCUGGAGCAAGAGUACAACUCCCUCAUCUCCAUGGGAACGGAAAGGCGACCUGAUGAGCAGGAUGGAACAAAGACGUUCACCCGCUCGCCCUCCUGGAGGAAGAUGUUUAGGGAGAAAGACCUUCGGGGCGUGACCUCCGACUCCGCCGAGACCCUGCCUGCUAACUUCCGUGCCUCAGCCAUCUCUACGCCCUCUGUUACCCUGAGAAAGGUUCAGAGUGAUGCCAACUCUGGUGCCCGGGGUGAAUCUGCCUCAGUGAGGACGUACUCCUGUUGAGGGGCUGAGGGCGCUGACUGGAUUGGGACUAGAGGACCCUGCUCGCUCAUCCACGGAGAAAGAAGCAAUGAAUAUAACCAUUUAACUUCAAAAUAAAUCUAUCGGUCUGACCAUUCUGCAAUAACAGAAGCAAAGGAAUAAAGGGGGAAAAUGACAUGAAGAAUGUAUGAAUGUAUUUUCCGACCAGACUGGGAAGGUUGAAUGGGAUCAGCUGUUCUCUCUCUCUGUCUCUCUCUUCCUGUCGUUCUGUCUUUGCUCUUCCUCUCUUAGUGUGACUGUGCUGUGGGGUUAAUGAAGGACAACACCGGUGUUGGUCCCGCACGUUUCCCCCUCUCUUCAUUCCUGUCGGAGUCUGCACACAGUCAGCAGAGUUGGCAAUAUCAGGGCUCAUUUUCCUACCUUCAGAAGGAACCACUACUUGCUGCCAUUUAUUCUCUUACAGUUUGAAAACAACCUAAACGUGCCGCCUUAUAACUUCUGCUCAACAACAGGUGUUUUUACUGAAAGCCGGGGCAGAAGUUAACCUCACUGUAAGGUUUAGAUUUGAAAAACAGAGGAACGACUGGAAGGAUGUUAAAAUUGUAAACUGAUUGGGGGAAAUGACGGGAUGGACAUUAAUCUGUUACGACUACACAACGCUGGUGUUCUCCUUUCUGCUCAUGGUGUUCAGUGUCAGCCAUUGCGGCUCUAUUGUUGGCUUCUAUGGGCCUGUCAGGGGUGUAUAAGUGUCCCCACAGUUGGUCGGAUUGGUGUAGUAAAACACGUCUGAGUUCAGACCACUGUUUGGCUCCGACCACAUCAAUGGGACCCUCCUCAUGCUUUGUCUAUUGGCACCUUGAAAGCUGAUAGGCUAAGUAAUCUCUUUUGAAGGGACCCCAUUAUAGAGAUCAAAGCCACAGAGGUGGAUGGGACAGGGUGGAGCGAUGCGGCGGAGGCAUUGUGUUCAUGAUGUCAGUGGCAGGAAAUCCAUAAAUCAAGUGUUGGUAUCACUCUCUGAAAAGGCGUACUUUACAAGGAGUUUUUUAAGUACGGGCUCUAUCAAUGUUAAAGGGGCACUCCGCAGAUUUUUCACAUAAAGCUAAGUUUACUCAUCAUGAAAAGACCUAUGCAGCCUGUAAAACAGCUGUAUAACGUCCCCUGUGGUGCUGGAGGAGCUUUCCAAAAAGAUUCUACUGGGUUGCAUUAUGGGAAAUGUAGGACCCAGCGUUUUUGGAGCUUCACUCAUACUGGAGACUUAAGAGUCAGGAUAUUUCAGCCUUCUGAUGUUUCAAUUUAUUUAUUUUUUAUUUGCCUCUUUUGAGUUUCCCAGCUUUUUCAAAGUGCAAUCGCAAAAUAUCUAAACAUUUAUUAAACCAUUUAUCAAUGCUUUAUGGAUCAGUAAAAAAAAGCUGCUAAUAAAGAGUUUUGGGUGGCAAGGUUGUGACAAAUCAAUUUAGAUGGUUCAAAAUAUGAUGACUCCGCUAAUGGACAGCUCAAACAUUAUCUUUUGGGAAAAAAAGGAUGUUAUUAACCACUUAUCAACAUCAUAUUAGCAUUUAUAACUGCAAACGCUGGUAGCUAAGUAUAAGGAACUUAAUGUAAAAACUCAAAAGUUCCCAGACUUGAUAACGAGCCAUUAGAUCUGUGGUCCAAAAUGCUGUUUUAGUAAUUCAUAAAGGUUUCUUCCACCACAGUUAUAUCAUGUGUGGAGUUUGAAUUGUUAGUAAGUUGUUAAUAAAUGGCUUAAGGAAAAAGACAAAGCCAAAAUUAUUUUUUCAUGACCUUGCAACCCAAAAGUCAUUUUAAAUAAUGUAUCAUUUUACUGGCCUAUAAAUAAUAUAUCUAGAGCAUUAAAACAUAUUUAUUAUGAAAAUAGUCAGUCAUAACCCCCUAACCCUUAAAUUGAUCAGGUCACAGACCCCCAUAUGACAAGACUUCUGGGCUUUCCAUAAGAUAAAAAAGAUAGAUGUUAGAUGUGAUUAAGACAAGAAUUCUAUGGCUAUCAACUACAGGACUCUUACUCACAUUUGGCUGACCUCUAUAGUGAAUAAAAUAGUAAAAAAUAGUCUAUUCUCCAUUGUUCUGGGGACCCCCUGGAACUCCCUUAGAACCACUCACAUUGGGGAAAGUAAAGUAUGUCUAAUUAGAAAGUGGUACCGAAGUGUUGUAUAUUGAAGAAGGCAUGAGACAUGACAUAACAUGACAUGACACUGAGGUCAGACUUUAACUCCUCACUGGCCCUCCAUGAUGUAAUUGUGCGGGUCAUGACUUGUAAUCAUCAGCUCAGGGUCUCGGGUAAUCCUGAUGAUAGGAGAGGUGGCAGAGAGACAUAACAGUGACUCACAGGGAGGAGGGAUACAAAAAAAAACCUAAAGGAUGGACAGAAGCCGGUCAUUUUACUGCACACACAAGCCAUAACAGAAACCAAGAGCUCUCUUGGGGGAGGGGGGGGGGUGAAUCAGAGAGAGGCAGGGAGAGAGGGCGAGCCCGAGGAAGCCCAGGAAACAAAACCUUUAGCCUCUGUGUUUACGAUGCAUGUCAAACAAACGACAAUGACCUACAAACAUUUUUUUGGUGGUAAAGAUGAUAUGAGGUGUCUUUAAAAAAAAUAUAUAUCUGUAUGAUAAACCUACAGGGGUCGGGAGCCUGGGGAUCAAUUUGUAAAAUGUGUGUAUUUUUUUCAGUUGUAUUUUUUAUUUUUUACAAUAUCUAUUUAUUUUCUUUAGGUAUGUAUUGGAUAAAUGUAUGUACAUGUUCCGUUUCUUCUUGACUUCAUUUGAACUAGUUUUAAAAAGUAAAUAUGAAACAUUGAAAAUGGUCAUUCAAAUACGCUACUGUAUGUGUACAUUUUGAGAACAAAUUGUGCAAUGAUUUAACAGAUUUCCAUGAUUAAAGUGAUAGUAAUACAAAUUGAAAAUAUCAUCUGGAAAAUAAACAAUAAUGAUGAUGAUGAAAAUUGUGAUGUAAAAGAAAGAAAAAAAUAAUAAAGCGAUCCGGGUGGAUCUGCUGAUCAUCGCAACCUUUUUUCUUUUUCCCAUUGAUUUGUUUUUUGUCUCUCUGCAGUAGUCACGUGUGCAGUGGUGAGUUUACUCAAGUACCAUUCUUAAUUACAAUUUAAACAUUGUUGUACAGUUCUUUAAUUAUUGUACUCCACCACAUUUAUGAGGUAAAUGUUGUCCUUUAUGCUCCACUGCAUUUAUUGGACAGCUAUAGCCACUAAUUGCUCAACAGAUUAGAAUUUUAUACACAAAAUAUGUAGGACUUCGACUCCUAAGGAGUAUUUUUAAAUGAAGGUAUUGCUAUUUUUACACAAGUAACUGACCUGUAUACUUCUUCUAACACUGAGUGUGUUUUAUGAAGCUGUAAUUGGAGGAAACU